CCUCUCACACCACUCUUCAGCCAGCAGUAGAAGAGGCACCAAGCCUUCAGCAGCAGGAACAAGAUGUCCGGUCAGAUUUUUGAAUCAAGCAUGAAGUCCAAGAUGGAGCAGGGCAUGAAUAUGAAAGAUGAGGAGAAGAUUUACAGGAGAAAUGGGAUCCUCUACUCCACGAUCAUGAGCCCACCAGAGAACCUGGAUGCCUUGAAGGACCUGGAGGCCAGAGAGGAUGAUGUCUUGCUGGUGGCAUAUCCCAAAUGUGGUUACAACUGGAUGGUGGGUGUGUUGAGGAAAAUUAUGACUACAUGUGGAUACACUGUCCCUGAAAGGCACCCGAUGAUCGAGUUCCACUCUCCAGAUGCACAGAAGGCUGUAGCUCAGAUGCCAUCACGGCGUUUUAUUGCAACUCAUAUGCACCCUGAUUUAAUCCCUGCUUCAUUUAAGACCCAUAAAACAAAGAUCUUGGUGAUAUUUCGAAACCCCAAAGACACUGCCAUCUCUUAUUACCAUUUCAUGAACAACAACCCGGUGCUGCCCAAAGCUGAGUCCUGGGACAAAUUUUUCUCUGAUUUCAUAUCUGGUGAAGUUGGCUGGGGUUCAUAUUUUGACCACGCCGUGGCCUGGAACAAACGAAUGGACGACCCUAAUGUGUUGAUUGCAACCUAUGAGGAACUAAAAGAGAACCUGUUUGAGAGCGUAAAGAAAAUUGCAAGCUUCUUCAGCUUCAAUCUGACAGAGGAACAGGCCAAGAUGAUUGCCGGAGAGACCACAUUCAAUGCCAUGCAGUCAAGUCAUGGACAGUUUCGUAAUAUCUAUUUCCGAAAAGGUGUGGUAGGAGACUGGAAGAACCACUUCAGUGAGGCUCAGAGUAAACAGAUGGAUGAAGAGUUCAAGAAGAAACUAUCAGGAACCAAACUGGGAGCCAAGCUUAAAUACGAGCUGUACUGCCAGUAGUCUGAAACAUUAAACAUUGUAAACUUUUUUUUUUCCUCAACAGUGAUUUUUAGGCAUAAAUAAUUAACACACUGCCUUUUUCAGAAACAGAAUAUGAUUUAGUUUAAGGUCCAAUAUACUGCAGAUUGCUCAAAUGACAAUAAGUUAGGACUGUUCGUGUCCUCGGGUGGCACGGUGAUGUAGUGGUUAGCACUGUUACCUUACAGCAAGAAGGUCCUGGGUUCGAGCCUAUUGGCUGGUGAGGGCCUUUCUGUGUGGAGUUUGCAUGUUCUCCCCGUGUCUGCAUGGGUUUCCUCUGAGUGCUCCAGUUUCUCCCACACACCAAAGACAUGCAGGUUAGGUUAACUGGUGACUCUAAAUUGACCGUAGGUGUGAAUGGUUGUUUGUCUCUGUGUCAGCCCUGCGAUAACCUGGCAACUUGUCCAGGGUGUACCCCGCCUCUCACCCAUUGUCGCUGGGAUAGGCUCCAGCUUGCCUGCAACCCUGUAGAACAGGAUAAGUAGCUACAGAUAAUGGAUGGAUGGAUGUUAGUGUCCUUAUAUUGAGGUAUGUGAUUAUCAUCUUAUAUACAAUUACCUCCAGACUACUCCAGUGCUAUUACCCUGAGACCAUUAUCCUGAUUUGUAUUGGUGCUUCUGGAUUGUCUGUAUUAUCCAACAUGGCUUAUGGUGAGGGAUAAAGCACAUCUCAGGCAUUUCUGUUUACAUUUUCUCUAUAAAAAACUUACAUAAA